AUGAAAGCGAUCCUUGUCAAAGUUAUUGUUGUAAGGUGUCCAUGUAGUGUUGAAUAUAGUAAGAUUAAUUUUGAAAUCAAAUUUCCAACAGGAUAAAUAGGUAAAAAUCUUUUCUAAUAUUAUAGGGGCUCCUAUAUGA